CUCGCUUGCCGUACGCGCGGUGGCGUCUGGGUAGGACAGUGAAGCGGCGGGAGAGCGGUGCAUACAUCUUAUAAUUUAAUAAAUGCCAUUAUUGCGGAUUUUUUUUAAGCGAGUACUGUGCAUGCAGUCUCAAAAUUAAGGCGCACUUUUGAAUGAUAUUAGGGCACUCGGCAGAUGAAAGUGUUCACCCUGUUACACUUUGUGUCUCUGCUGUUUUUAAGGUUUUCCCGGGAAACUGGUUUGAACGUUUGUUUUCGGCUAACCUCUUUCUAGCAACAAUGGCGAAGGUUCAGGUUUUAAAUGUGGCUGUUCUAGAUAACCCGAGUCCCUUUGGAAACCCUUUCCAGUUUGAAAUAACCUUUGAGUGUAUGGAGGACCUGCCAGAAGAUCUUGAAUGGAAGAUCAUCUAUGUCGGCUCAGCAGAGAGUGAAGAGUAUGACCAAGUCCUUGACUCAGUCUUGGUUGGUCCAGUACCUGCUGGGAGACAUAUGUUUGUGUUUCAGGCUGAUGCCCCGAACACUGGAUUGAUACCUGAAAGUGAUGCUGUUGGUGUAACCGUGGUGCUUAUUACCUGCACAUACCGUGGCCAGGAGUUCAUUCGUAUUGGUUACUAUGUAAACAAUGAAUACACCGAACCAGAGCUUCGUGAAAAUCCACCCAUCAAGCCAGACUACACACAGCUCCAGAGAAAUAUUCUGGCAUCAAACCCCCGUGUUACUAGAUUCCAUAUAAACUGGGAAGGCUGUGCAGAGAGAAUGGAAGACUCUGAAAAUGUCGAUCCCAGUUCAAACUCCAUGCUCCCUCCAUCCUGUCUCCCAGGCAAGGCCCCACCCAUGGGGCUACUACCAGAUAACUCUAUGGACUGCUUAUAGAGAAGAACCCCACCCUAAAGGUGAUAACUCAAAGCACCAGACAUUACUUUUGAUUGAUGCCUGUGGACAUUCUAGUGUGGACGUACAGACAGACAUCUUUGCCUUACAGCUGCCUUUGUUUAUUGGAAGCUUGUCAAAAACAACCCUCGGGCUUCAGAUGAGAGUUUGCUCCAAGGAAGAUUAUGAACAUCUCACUGGUAUCAGACGUGGAGUUCCCAGCCAUAAUGUUAAAUGCCAUAUUGAGGUAGUUUAACUAUUUAAAAAGGAAACCUGU